AACUUUUUUUUCCCCUCUUUUCCACAGAUACUAAAGGCAAACUUCUCUUUUUUUUUUAGGCUUAAACACAAAGUGAAUAAGAAUGUCAAUAGUUACAGUCCAGCUUGGGCAGUGUGGUAAUCAGAUCGGUCGCGAGGUGUUUAAUGCCAUCUGCGGUGAUGUCCGUGGCACGCACGGGUUGUGUUCCAAGGAGGAGAAUGAAUCCUACCAUGAUGCUUGCAAAGAACGUUUCUUCAGUGAGGAGGCAUCUGAAGUACCUGUUGCCCGGGCUGUGCUUGUUGACAUGGAACCCAAAGUGAUCAGCCAAACCUUAUCGAUCGCUGCCAGGUCUGGCUACUGGAAAUACAGUGAGCGGUCACACUUCUGUCAGAAGCAAGGCUCUGGGAACAACUGGGCAAACGGUUAUUCUGUUCACGGGCCCAGGCACAAAGAAGUCAUUAUGAAUCUAGUGCAAAAAGAAGCAGAGAAAUGUGAUCGACUCGGUGGAUUUUUCACCAUAAUGAGCAUGGCUGGUGGCACAGGGUCUGGCUUGGGAGCAUUUGUCACUCAGUGUUUAAGAGAUGCUUUUCCAACGUCAUUUAUACUAAACCAUGUUAUCUGGCCCUAUGGCACUGGUGAGGUCAUUGUUCAAAACUACAACUCUGUUUUGACUCUGUCGCAUCUGUAUCAGUCAGCAGAUGCCCUUCUUGUUCAUGAAAAUGAUGUCAUCCACAAGAUCUGUGCUCAGCUGCUGAAUAUUAAACAGAUCUCCUUCAGGGAUGUAAAUCAAGUCAUUGCACAUCAGCUGGGGAGUGUUUUCCAGCCCACUCACACAGCGGGAAGUGGCUCACGCUAUAGCAGAAACCCAUUAGGUACCUAACGACCGCGU